AUGGUGGCUGCCGAGACUGCCCUGCGCCACUCGAGCCCGCCGCACUCGUACAUGAAGCCCGGAUGGCAAGAAGACACCAAGGUCAUCCUUCUCGAGGAAGAGAUGAAGCUUGCUCAGCACCCCAAUGAUACUGAGCUAUAUUCCGUGUUGGGUGAAGACUCAUCGUAUGACAGUCUCAUCUCUGUCCUCGUCCUCUUCGCCGUCGCGACGAUCGCCUCUGCGGGCCUUCUGGAUGACGGCGGCGAUGAUUACGGCGGAGGUGGUGGCGGCGGUUUCGGUGGCGGGGGCGGUUUCGGCGGCGGUGGUGGUGGCGGCGGAGAUGACAUCGGCGUAGCUUCUGUCUCGUACGUCAAGACGCCCGUUGUGAGCGUAAAGUACGUCGCCAAGCCUGUGGUCAGUUACGUGGCCAAGCCGGUGGCCACCGUGUCGCAUGCCCUGAAGCCCGUGGUGACGUACACGACGAUCUCGAGCGGCGGCGGAGGCUUCGGCGGCGGCGGCGGUGGCGGCUUCGGCGGCGGCGGUGGCGGAUACGGCGGAGGCGGUGGC